AUGGUGGAGAAUCGCUUCUGCAAUCUCGACCUCGCGCCAAGGAUCUCCAGUCCGACUCUCAUCAUCCACGGUAUGCAGGACGCGCUGGUCCCUCCGGAGCAUGGCCGAAAGGUCUAUGCAGCCAUCACGUCCAGGCGCAUGCUUGUUACCCCGAACAACAUGAGCCACAACACGUCGCUUCUGAAAGAUGUUGCAACCUUCAUCCUGCCCAUGACCCACUUCUUCUCCCUACCAGACUACACCUUCGAAGAACUUGAGGUGCCGGACUGGGUAUUCCCAGCAGCGACUCCAAAGGAGGAAGAGGCACAAGAGAACCAGGAGGACCUCAUCGAGAUGCUCAGGCAAGCGAACCAAAAGUCGGGAUGGCUAGCUUCUGCGAGCUGGUUAUGUGGACGUUCUGCCUGCAACCAGCCGGGCCGAGGUCUCGAGGAAAGCAUAGUCGAGCCCAUCAGCCGCUUGAAGCCCGAGCCUUUCGCUGAUCCUCCGGCCCAACGAAAAGGCGAUCCGGGCACGGUGGUGGUUGACAUGACACCGUCACCUACCAGGACGGCCAGUGCACCUGCUCAACUGCAGAAAGAUCUGACCGCCGCUGCAGUAGAGGAGGGCGUUCCAGACGAGCUCGCCACACUUCAGCCAAGUCAG